AUGGCGUCCAACGUUGUACCAGCGUCAAGUAUCAGACCCUUCAAAAUUCACAUCCCAGAUGAACGCAUCGCUAUUUUGCAAUAUAAACUAGCUUCUGCAACUCUUCCCGACGAACUUGAGGAUGCAGGACGCGAUUACGGCGUCCCUCUUGCGGAUAUGCAGCGUUUGCUUGGGUAUUGGAAGUCGGGAUAUAACUGGAGGAAACACGAAGAAGAAUUGAAUACCGAGUUACCGCAAUUCCAAACCGACAUCGAUGUGGAAGGACAUGGCACACUAAAGCUCCACUUUGUUCAUAAACAAAGUGAUGUCGCUGGUGCCAUACCUUUAUUAUUUGUUCACGGCUGGCCUGGCAGUUUUAUCGAAGUGCGCAAAAUCCUACCUUUACUAAUUCAAGGAACAAAGGAGCAGCCCGCGUUUCACGUCGUUGCACUCAGUUUGCCAGGAUUUGGCUUUUCUGAGGCGCCUAAGAAAAAGAGAUUCGCCUUUCUUCAAUACGCCGAGAUUUGCAACAAGCUGAUGCUGUCGCUGGGAUAUGACCAAUACGUCACACAAGGCGGAGAUGUAGGAUACACUGUAACUAAAACCAUAGCAAGUUUGUAUGGAGGGAAGCAUAGCAAAGCAUGGCACACCAACUAUGAAGCGGCACUCCCAGGACAGUUGGUAUCGAAAUAUGUUGAAUCGGCCCCGCCGGAGCUACUUUCACAGCCCCUUUCGUACCUCAGAAAUUUGGUGACCAGGUAUACACCAGCUGAGAAAGCAGGCCUAGCCAAAACAGCUUGGUUUAGGGCGGAAGGGAUGGGGUAUUUUAUGGAGCAGACCACCCAGCCUCAAACGCUCGGAUAUAGUCUGGCUGAUUCACCCGUCGGUCUGUUGGCAUGGAUCUACGAAAAGCUCGUCAAUUGGAGUGACAAGUAUCCUUGGACGGAUGACGAAGUGCAUAACAGUUGGACCAGAACACGAUACAGGGUGUUCGAAGCUGAACAUGACAGUGGAGGCCACUUUGCUGCUCAUGAGAAACCUGAUGAACUAGUUGCAGAUUUAAGAAAAAUGUUUGGAAGAGGAGGGCCAGCCUACGCCGUCGUCGAGGGCAAAACAGGCUAUUAG